AGGCGAGCGCCGCCGUCGGACAGAGAGAGCCGCGGGCCGAGGCUGGGCGCCCGUCCGCAGCGCGCGGCAGGCAUGACGGGGCCGAGGAGUUCCCUGCGGGCGCGGGAGCCGGAGCGGCCCCGCGAGCCUGCAGCAGGAAGUGAUCAAGUUCAUCUGUGGACACUAGUUACAAACCAAGCCUUGCAUGUUGCAUGGAGGAUAGCGAGGGGCUCUGUGACGUUGGCAGUGUCCUUUCUGGUGGCGACGCUCUGCUAUUUCCGGAGGCUCCAUUUGCACCUAGGCUACCGGCUGAAGUGGUGGAUUGGAUAUCUGCAGAGAAAAUUCAAAAGAAACCUCAGCGUGGAGGCCGAAGUUGACUUGCUCAGUUAUUGUGCAAGAGAAUGGAACAGAGAGACGCCCCGCGCCAAACUGAUGAGGAAGGCCUGUGAGGAGCUCCUGUGCAGGCAUCAUAUUAAAUGUGUGAGGCAGGUGAAGAGGGAUAACUACAGCGCUCUGAGGUCGGUGCUGUUCCAGAUAUUCAGCCAGGGCCUGUCCUUUCCAUCCUGGAUGAGAGAGAAAGACAUUGUUAAGCUUCCUGAAAAACUGCUGUUUUCACAAGGUUGCAAUUGGAUUCAGCAGUACAGUUUUGGUCCUGAGAAAUAUACAGGUUCAAAUGUGUUCGGGAAAUUGCGCAAAUGUGUGGAGUUACUGAAAACUCAGUGGACUGAAUUUAGUGGAAUUAAAGAUUUUCACAAGCGAGGAAGUAUGUGCAAUGUCCUUUUCUCUGAUGCCAUCCUGGAGUACAGGCUGUACGAAGCCGUCAAGUUCAUCAUGCUGUACCAAGUCACCGAGGUGUACGAGCAGAUGAAGGCUGACAAGGCUGUCCCUGGCCUCUUCAGGCUGCUCUUCUCCAGGGAGACGUCCGCUGACCCCUUGAGCUUCAUGAUGAAUCACCUCAAUUCUGUCGGUGACACGUGCGGACUAGAGCAGAUUGACAUGUUUAUACUUGCAUACUCCCUUGAAGUCAAGAUAAAAGUAUUCAGACUGUUCAAGUUCAACUCCAGAGACUUCACAGUGUGCUACCCAGAGGAGUCUCUCCGGGAGUGGCCCGAGAUGGCCCUACUCACUGAGAACGACCAUCACUACGACAUUCCUGUCUUUUAAGUCAGCCUCGGUGGUGACAGUGGGCCCACUGGCAAGGGAAGU